AUGUCUGAGUCUGGUUCUGGUUGCGUAGAGAGUGAUACCGAAGAAGAUGAUCCCCCUGACUGUAGGCGUUCUACUCAAAGUCCUGAUUCAUGUUGUCCUUUAUGUUCUCUGGUGACAAGAGACACAGUUUCGCUGUUUCAACACAUAAAUGCAAACCACAUUUGCUACAGAAAUUUCCCGGAUGUUCAGUUCUUAGAAUUCCACAACCGUCGCUUAUGUUCAGAAUGUGGCUUUGCUUAUGGUAAUCGUUUCUCAUUUUGCCGACGUUCUCUAGGUCCUGGUCGUGGUAGAUGUCGUGGUUUGAUGACCCAUCCAAGUGCAUCAUCCUGGUUGAGUCAGUAUGAAUCCACAGCUGUUAACGGUGAUAUUGGAAUUCAGAAUUCACCUGAGGUAGCUCCAACAUCAGCUUCAAGGAUUACUUCUUCAUCAGUGCCUGUAUCCUCAUCUUCUAAUUUGGUGCUCGAGGGUAUUAAAGCAGCUUCUAUGAUGUCCUAUCCAGCUGUUGGUGACAUGGAAUUGUCUGUUUUCAAUUCACUGAUGAACGAAGUUGUCACCACACCUGUUCAGACAGUUACUCAUGUCCCAAAAUCAGUUAGACCACUUCUAAGUGUGGUUUUAGCUAAAGAAUUACGGUGUGCUUGUGAGGGUGGCCUGUGGGGCUUUGCUCGCCUCUUCAUGCUGGCCAAAGCUACCCUUCGCUGUCCUCCUCGUGGUGGGAGAAAGAAAAGGUACGUUGUAAAGGAAAUUUUGUCUUCUCGCCUUCAACGUUGGUUGGAUGGAGAUAUUCUAUCACUGUGGCUGGAUGUCAAGGCUGAGACUAACCCUUGCCAUGUUUCAUUGAAUUCCUCAAAUACCGCUACCACAAAUACUCGAAGAUCAUUGAGAUUGGCUUCAGAAGGUCGAUACAGUGAUGCACUUCAGGCUUUGGGUUCACGAGGUUGUGCCUCUCAUGACAGCAGUGAAGCUUUAGAAGAGUUGGCAAAUCGACAUCCAGUUCACGAUCUUCCUGCUUGGCUAGAGGAAGUCCCACCUUCACUAGUUGUGGACUCUCAGGAGGUUAUUUCUGCAUUGGAAGCAUUUCCCAAUGGCUCAAGUCCCGGUUAUUCUCAUCUUCGAGCACAACACUUAAUUGAUGCUAUACGAGGUUGCAAUGUUCCAGAAGCGCAGUCCUGUUUAGAAAACCUAACACGAUUGAUGUGUCUCUUGUUGUCUGGAAAACUUGAUCGCAACAUUUCUCCCUUCCUGUCUGGUGCCCCUUUGACUGCUCUCCAAAAGAAGGCUGGCGGCAUUCGGCCCAUUGCUGUUGGGGAAGUGUUGCGUCGUUUGGCUAGCCGUCUUUGCUGUUCUGCUAUAAAACCUCGCUUACCGGACGUCUUCUUACCAUAUGGUCAGGUAGGUGUUGGAAUACGAGGAGGUUUAGAGGCAAGUGUUCAUUCUCUAAGGUCAUACAUUGAAGAGAACAGUGCUAGACAUGACCUGUGCUGUUUCAAACUGGACAUGAAGAAUGCGUUCAAUGAAUGCCAUCGCAAUUCAUUCCUGAAGAGACUUGGCAGUGAAUUUCCUGAAUUGGUAGCUUGGGUACAGUGGUGCUAUCACUGUGCUGCUGAGUUGCGCUUUGGCUAUCAUCACCUUACAUCUACAGCAGGAGUCCAACAAGGCGAUCCACUGGGACCACUGCUGUUCUCCUUAGUCGUCCUAGAACUAAUGGAUGAAGUUGGAGAAGUGCCUGGCUUAGACCUAAAUUUGUGGUACCUUGACGAUGGUACUUUUGCUGGCACACGGAAAUGUGUCUCAAAGUUAAUAAACUUCAUCAUAGAGAAAGGUCCUUCCCUGGGCCUUCAUGUCAAUUUAUCAAAGUGUGAAGUGUUUUGGCCUUCAGGAGAUCGAACACAUCCAGAAUUUCCACCAGAAGUACACCGGUCGUCAGAUGGAAUGGAAUUGCUUGGUUCUCCUGUGUUUGGUUCAUCGGAUUUCUUCACUAAUUGUUUCAAGAAGCGAGUCGAUCAAGUAGCAAAUACCCAAUCUCAUCUCUCUGAUCUUGAAAAUCCACAAGUGGAACUUCAGUUGUUGAGAAGUUGCCUGUCCAUAUGUAAAAUCAACCAUUUGCUACGAUCUCCGGAUCACAAGAUCUUCAAUUUCUGA